AUGCUCUUCUUACCACUAGACAUACAGCUCUUAAUCAUCCCUAAUUUGACCUCAAUAUCUCUCAUCUCACUCUCGCAAACAAAUCGUUAUUUUCGCCACCUCAUAAAUCCACAACGUAAGCACUUCUUGGAUAGGCUUCUAGAACUCGAAUGUCUUCGAGAAUACGGCGGAGAAAUCAUCAUCAACCGAUACCGCAGAAUCAUCGUACCUGAUAAACAAGUAUCCUACGCGUGCGCCCACUGCCUUAAAAUUGUCCCUCACACCUGCUUCGACAACCACGCACUCCUAAGGCUUCGAUACCGGAAACCCCCUCCAGAAUCUAGGUCACGACGGAAACUUUGCGACUGGACGCCAGGCGAUGCAAAAUCUCAGGGGUUAAAACGACAGGCAAACUUGCGCAACGGUACUUUGGCCCGCUGGAUCUCUUUUAAUUCAUCUCUAGGAACGUCGCAAGCAAAGUUAGAGGAGCUUUAUAAGAUCGACAGUCGUCGACAUCGACGUCUCUGCAAUGAAUGCAAAUUCGUCACUAGUGCAUUCGCUCAAAACGCACCACUGAAUGGAGGCUGGCAGGGCUCACAUCGAGACUCAAAUGACGGUACAGCCACAGUUCCGGCGGUCAAGUGCCGUCAGCGUAGGUGUCAUGACAAUACUGAGAGGUAUUUCCCUGGUCUGUUUCCUAUUGGUGCGGACGAGGAAUACCCAUUUAGACAACACGAGUUGGCUGCGUUUCGAGAAGGCUAUCCGGAUUCAUAUGACUCCAAUGGACGCGAUUUUAGGGCUCCGCCGUUCGAGAAUUGGAGAUGUAAUCGAUGUUUUGCUGACGCUGUGGGAGAAGAGGAAUUAGGCAGGCAACUGCUGGCGUUCUGGAAGAAGUUCGCUGAUUAUGAGAUAAACUCCUUCGACGAGAUUGUGAAGGAAGGCUGGUACAUGAUUGAAAACAUGAGCAAUAAAGUGGGAGAUGAAUCACUUUCCUGGGAGCAGAUGGUGAGAAGCAGCCGCCCUUCCACUGAUUCCUUAGACGUCGUUCCUUCUGGCAAGCAUAUUUACCAGAUGCACCCCGUUCACCGACUAUCCUAUCACGAGAUCUUCGCAAAAUGGUCUGCCAUGCUCGAUGACUAUGGCUGGUCAAGCCGCCAGGAACAUACGCGUUCUUUUCUGUGGUUCAUAGACGAGUAUGAAGUUAUUGAAAAGAGGAUAAUGGAAUUGAAGUUGCACACGAGGUCCCUUGAGAAUCAUCCCGAGCAGCUUGUUUUGUAUGGACUCGGAGGGAAGAUGUCUAGGAUAUGA